AUGCGUGAAUACAAGCUAGUGGUGUUAGGCUCUGGAGGUGUGGGCAAGUCCGCUCUGACAGUUCAGUUUGUGCAGGGAAUCUUUGUGGAGAAAUACGACCCGACAAUAGAAGACUCGUACAGAAAGCAAGUGGAGGUAGAUGGCCAGCAGUGCAUGCUUGAAAUUCUCGACACGGCGGGCACAGAGCAGUUCACGGCGAUGAGGGACCUGUACAUGAAGAACGGUCAGGGAUUUGCUUUGGUCUACUCCAUCACAGCACAGUCCACCUUUAAUGACCUCCAGGACCUGAGGGAGCAGAUCCUCCGAGUAAAGGACACGGAAGAUGUACCAAUGAUCCUGGUUGGAAACAAGUGCGAUUUGGAGGAUGAGCGUGUGAGUCCUCUGCAAAGUCAAAGAUCAACGUUCUCGAUAUCUUCUAUGACCUGCCCCUCCCCGGCGCCCUGCAGCAGCUCUGAGCCAGAAAUGCUGUAA